AUGUCUAUAGUUGAAAUCACGCAUCACGAUGAAGUUAUUUAUAGAAUACUUGAUAAACCUCCCCCGGAACCACCGAAAACACCAAGAUAUGAAUCUAAAUUGGAACGGCAGUUAAAAGAAACGAAAAUAACUCCAUUAAAACGUACUUUUGGUUAUUCUGAGACGCCUUUAAAGCCCCCUGACCACUUUUUGAAAAAAGGUGAAGGUAUGACUCAGAAAACUAAGAAAUCUGACCACAAAUGUGUUAAAGGUAAUCUUCCCCCGGUACCUAAGCGACCACCCCUGGAGAAGCCUACAGAAAAAUCUAAAAUAAAUUUUAAAGUAGUGAAUAUUAAAAAAGUUUUAAGAGCAAAAGCAAAAGCUGUUGAACCAAGAUUAGUCGAUACAAGAAACGGGCACAUAAAAAAGAUCAAAAGUUCUGGGGAAGUGCCAGAAUAUUGCCUCAGACCAGAUUUCGGUCAAAUGCCAGGAUAUCUAGUAAAAAGAAAUAGGAGAAUUCAGAAAGAGCUAGAUAAAGUAAAGUAUGCUGAAGAACAUAAGAAAAGUCUUUGCAAGCUUAUUAAAGAGGAGGAGCGACAGAAACUUUUAGACGACCUUAAGCACAAUUGGCAAAUAAUGCAAAAAGCAUUCCUACAAUUGCCAAUGCUUACCGACACAAUACCGAAAGUUCUGAAGAAAACUAAAAUGGAGCAAGAACUUCGUCAGCUUGAAAAGGAUAUCGCCUUAGUGGAAUCAAAUCCUUACAUUUAUAUCUAUGAG